UUGAUCGGUUUUGGUCGCUAUUGUUUAAUGCGAAAAACCGAACCGUUUGCGCCGCUCGCCCUACUCUGCUAGUGCAGGCUGAGUGGAGGGGAGCGCCAGUCGAGUACCUUGGCUGCAGCAGUUCCAAAGAAACAGUUUGUGGUCGCACGAGAAACAGUGAAGUCGAGUCCGGAGUGCCCCGCCAAGUGACCAGCUGCCAGCCGCCGAUCGUCGCCGUACUGUACAAGUUACACAGGCAUGGAGACCGGACACCCAAUAACGUAGGAUACAAGAACAAUCCAAUAUCCAACGAGAGUUUCUUUUGGCCUCAUGGAUAUGGCCAAGUAUCUACAGAAGGCAAGAAAAUAGCUUAUAAAAUUGGAACAACAUUGCGUAAAAGGUACGACGAUUUCUUGGGAGACGUUUUCACGAUGAACUACAUUGACGCCAGAACUACGGAUUCCAACAGGACGAAAAUGUCCCUAGAGUUGAUGUUGGCAGCACUGUGGCCACCCACCAUGGAAGAGAAGUUUUACCCUUGUUUAAAAUGGCAACCUAUACCAUAUAAUUAUAUUCGCUCUGACAAGGAAUUGGACGGUACCAAAACUUGUAAAAUUUACAAUUCUCUGUACCAAUCGGUAUUCAAUUCUACAGAGACUCAAAACGCUUUAGCUGAAUUUAAUCCAGUAUUUGAAUACGUGUCUAACGCUACCGGUCAGGAAUUUAGUACUCCCGAAGAUAUAUUUUCGUUGUACAUGGAGUUAUUUGCCCAGAAAAACUAUGGAUAUGCUCUCGAAAACUGGACAGAUCCAGUUUUUCCAGACGUUUUGGAACGAAUAGCUGUUACUCAAUACUACAUAGAAAGCAACACAACCGAUCUAAGAAAAUUAGGUGCAGGAUACUUGCUGAAGAAGAUCAUCAAUGACUCCAAAGCUAAAAUUGAUGGACUUUUGAAACCACAAUCGAGAAAAAUGUUCGUUUAUUCAGCACAUGAAAGGAAUUUGGCCUAUGUGCUGAUAGCGUUGGGUGUGUUCAACGAUAAGGUACCUCCAUAUGGCUGUCACAUUUUGUUUGAGGUGCAUUUGAUAGACAAUGUUUAUGGAUUUAAGAUAUACUACCAGGACUGGGAAAACAGAGAUCCAAAAUUAAUGACCAUACCAGGCUGUACAGAAUUUUGUCCGUAUGAUAAAUUUGUAGAAAUAUUUAAAGAUAUU